AGCCUUAAUUUGCUUUACCAGUUAAUCAAAUUCUCUUUGAAUAUUUUAACGAAGUUGCCCUCCCCCCUUAAAAAAGAUUUGCGAGCAAAAAGUAAAUUCGAGAAACUGAAAAAUCGAACGACUUUUUUGCAGUUUUGUGUACAGUGUGAACAGAAUAAAAUUGUCAAUAAAAUGUCGAUGAUAAAGACAUUCAAGUGCUUCAUUGCAACUGUCACAAUCGUUGCGUUAACGAGCAUCGUUUCCGCUGCACCUAAUCGUGCCAAGAGAUCGUUGACACCUUCCUGGCAUUUGCCGUGUGGCGACGUACUCGAGAGCGAGACCGCAAGUUUGGGCAAUACCGAGGACGACGUCAAGGCCAGUCUCGAGAGCAUCAAACUGCAGCAUCAGCUGACCAUGAACGACUAUCUAAAUCGAGAUUACGAGUAUCUUUACGAGGCUGUUAGAUUCAGUAUUCAAGAUCAUCAAUACAUACCGAACUGGAUACCGGGCAAGAAAGAUGUCAACAUGCUGAAAAAUCUGUCGCAACAGAGACCGCAAACGAUAGCGAAUUACUUGCCGAAAUUACACAUGGACCUUCAGAAAUUUGCUGUCGCUUUCGAGGAACUGAUCGAGGACGAAUCGAGACCUAAAUUUCAGGAGGCACUUUUAUCGACACAGAGUUAUUUGACGAUGAUGCUUUGCGAAGUCGAAAGUAACAUCGUGGUAUUACCUACCUUGAAAUUACCCUUAAGAGUACAAAGAAGCAUAAUGAGCAGCACGGAACGAGAACCUGUCGAUGUUACAAGGAGACUCGUAAGAGACUGGGGCAUCCUUCUCAAGUACAGAGAUUACCUGCACGCCUGGAGACGCAUUUUCGACUAUUGAUAGUGCCGUUCCCACAAGAAUUUGACGAGAAGUUAACACGAGGAUAAAUUGAUGGCUUCUGGUGCAACGAACUGUCAACGAACCAAUGAAAAUCUUGGAAGAAAACGUAUUUAGUCCAGUGGGGAGACCAGGUUCAAGAG